AUGGAUAGCGUAAAGGACGUGACGGUCAACUUGAAGGUUGCAGGCGGGGUUGGCCACUCUAUCAGCAACCACAACGUCCUGCAUCCAUCUGCGAUAAAAAGGGUUCAAAAGCACGCAUUUUACGCGUUUGAGAGAACAAACUCCUUCAAAAAUAACAGCAAAACCCUUCCAAAGCCAAUGCAAAUGCUCGCGCUUUCCCCAGAACUAUGCGGGAAGAUCAUCCAAUUCACGAGCCACAGGCGGCGCGAUCUUCUGGCACUCUGCUUAACUUGCAAAGCAUUUCAACGCGAAGCAGAAGCCAGGAUAUAUGCCCAGCUCAUGUUCUCAGAUCCAAGGCGGGCCCUUCAAGCAUGUACAACCGUAGUUCACAACGAGCGCCUUGCCCUACAUGUCCGGAUGUUCUGUUUUAACCAAGAGGGCACCCGCCAUCCCGUCGACCUAGGACGCGAGUUCUGGCUCAUAUUGCAGCGGGCGCUUAUCAACAUGUCCAACCUGGAGAUCCUCAUCCUCUGCGACAACACGUACAUGAACGGCUGGGUGCUCGAUAACCCCGCUAUCCAGUUCCACCUUCAAGAGUGCAAGCUCCGUUUCAGAUGGGAAGCACCAGUCAUUCGGUUUUUGCAGCACCAAGACGAGCUGCGGUCCUUGUAUUUGUACGACCCCCUUGACGAUUUGAGUCAGGCUCUUCCACAAGGAGCGCUACCUGUUCUCCAAAUGUUCGAAGGUACCUUCUUGGUCGGCAUGCAGGUGGUCAGGAGCCCAAUCACGCAUAUGCAAGCUAUGAUUGACGUUGAGGCCGCCUCGACACUUGCUUUGCUGCCGCGGCUGGCUCAUCUGAAGAAAACAUUGCGUGGGCUCAACCUCGUCGACGUGAUGGAGGAGAUUUCAAUACCAGCGCUUGAAUUGAUAACGCGGGCGCUUCCAGACCUACGACACCUCGGGCUGUUUUCCUACCCGAUGACCAACCGUCAUGAAUUUCAUAAAUACCUCCUGCCAAUGCAUAACCUCCGGUCCAUAGAGCUCGACGUCAGUCGAUGGAACCCACCACCUUCUGUACCCUCAGGUCAGCGUGCUUUGGCGUGCGAACUCCAAACAUUUUGUUCCAAGAUAGAUAAAGUCCUGUUCUGGACGGGGACGUCGAGGUUUCGCUGGAUCUACACUACACAUUGGAUGCACCGCGUCGAGACUACUCAGCACAACGCGUGGGCGACGGUGUAA